CUCCAGAGGUGCCUUCCAACCCCAAGCCUCCUGAGAUUCUGUGACUAGAUGGGGGCAGAGCUGAGGCCUGGAGAGCUCCCUUGAUGGAAAGGGCUGGGAACAGCUUCAGGUGCUUUCCAAUGAGCUUCCCCAGCAUUGGCACCUUAUGAGUCCAUCCCCGGUGCUGCGGUGGAAGGAUUGGGGGUGCAGUUGGAAGGAUUUGGGGAGGGGGGAGGAGUCUGGGAAGCUACAGAGCAAUAGGCCUGACGUUUGGUGCAGGCAACUGAGUAGGAAGUGCACUAACCCCUAAACUUAGUGGCUGUUUGGGUAAAAGGUGGUAUAUUAUGAACGCGUCAACGUGUCUUCUGUAAGGGAAGGUCAGCUGCUGUGGAGCACAGGGACAAGGGGGAGCUCUGUCAUAAAACGAGGGACGCUUGAGAUUGGCAUAGUCAUUUGGUGAAGUAUCUGGCCUAAGAGGGAAUAGUCCCAAAUGGGUGAGUAAAUGAAUUGGUCAAAAGAGUGUGAGUUUUCAACGGAGUAUUUGGAACUGAAGUCUUGGGGUGGGAGGAGGCAGCUCUGUGAAGCUCUCAGCUCGGUUCUUGUGGCAGCCACCCAAGCGCCGUGAGCACUGGGAAUUCUUAGCAAAGGAGUAGAAAACAGCAAAGUGGUUUCCUGCCACAGUACAGAGCUUAAAGUGUAGCAAUAAGCCUUUCCUUCUUUUUUUCUUUUCCUUUCUUUGCUGGUCUCUUCCUAAUUAGACGGGUUCUUCACAGCACAGCUGCAUGACCCUUCUUCCAGCCAAUGUAUUUGCCAAAUGUACGGUGUCACAUCCUCCCUCAUUUGCAUAGUAUCUCCAUGUGUUGAGACUCCACCUUUCACCGUUUCUUUUCACAAGAAGGAGGUGCCAGACCAUAGAGGUUCUCUCAUAGGGGCUCUCAGAGACACUAAGCUCUUCAAAAUCUUGUCCAGCGGAGCAGUGACUUCUGGGGUGUCCUGAAAGCAGGGACAGAUCUCGACGGUUGUCUUGGGAGAGCAGGCUCCGACUGGAGCAAGACUGCCUAGGAUGUCCAACUGCCUGCCAAAACUGAGCACAGUGCUGCCGAGCCACAGGCUCGGGGUUGUGUUUAUCCUCACCAUUUCAUUUGUGUUCUUUGCCUCUGUUGUGUUCUACUGGAGAACUGGGAAUGAUGCUGAGGCCCAACUGUACAGCUUCCAUACACAAAGCAAAUGUGCUGAGUUCUUGCCUUACCUUCCCCAUCCUACUGCUGGUGGGCCCCCUCCUUCCCCGGGGGAUGUGUUUUUUGUGGAGACCUCGGAGAAAACUGACCCAAGCUACCUGUUCACGUGCUCUGUGGAGUCAGCGGCCCGGACGCACCCUGGGACAAGGGUUGUGGUGCUCAUGAAAGGCCUGGCAAAUGGGAAUGCCUCAUUACCCAACCACUGGGCAUUCUCGCUGCUGAGCUGCUUCCCCAAUGUGGAAUUCCGUCACCUGGACUUGCCGGAGCUUUUCUCAGGGACGCCUCUGGCAAAGUGGUACUUGCAGUCCGAGCACCAGAAGGAAGAGCAUUUCUUAGCCGUCCUGUCUGAUGCCUGCAGAAUCACCAUCAUGUGGAAAUUUGGUGGCAUCUACCUGGACACAGACUUCAUUGUGCUUAGGAACUUGAAGAACCUCACCAAUGCCCUGGGUAUCCAGUCUCAGGAUGUACUGAAUGGGGCCUUUCUGUCCUUCAAACCCAAGCAUGAGUUCAUGGAACUUUGCAUGAAGGACUUUGUGGAGAACUACAACGGCCAGAUCUGGGGCCACCAGGGCCCAGAGCUCCUAACGCGUGUCUUCAAGAAGUGGUGCCCCAUCAGUUAUAUCCAGAACAACAUGAGCUGCAAAGGGGUGCGUGCUCUUUCCCCAGAAGUCCUUUAUCCGAUUUUCUGGGGGGACUGGAAGAAGUUAUUUGAUACGGUCAACUCCUCAGAGCUUCACAGGCUCCUUAAGAACACCUACGCGGUGCAUGUGUGGAACAAACUGAGCCACGGGACACGGCUAGAGAUCACAUCGCAGGCUUUUCUGGCCCAGCUGUAUUCUCAGUUCUGCCCUGCCACGUCUACAAAGAUGAAGAGGGACUCUGAAGGGCAGUCGAGGCCUGUAAUGUGACCCGUGGGCCCUUGGCUGCAGGGACGUUCCCCAACGUGAAGGAAACAGAGUGCCUUUCACCUUCCGCAGAGUUGGCUUCUAGCCCACGGAGCCAGUAUUCUGUGCGACAAGGCAGUCGUUUUGUACCAUUUCCGAUAUCUGCCUCAGAUCCCACGUGCUUCAAGUAUACACCAGGACCUGAGUUUUGGACUCUCUUGUUGUUCUUCAGUAGCCCUUGAUGCUGCAGGGAAGGGUGAACUUUUUCAUGGGUGCCUAUCAGUUGCUGCCUAUUGCUGUUCUCUCAAUUGUAUCAGGCCUGAAACGCCUCUCGUGUCAUUUCAACAGGCGUAGGAACCCUUGGCUUGCUCUCUGUAACGCUUCUGAGUAUGUCAAUAAAUGCCGGACAGUGCUGUAGGGCAUGGUUUGGAGGAGCUUAGGACCAAACUCCCUGGGUGGUAAAGAUUCUAACGGCUGGUGAAGUUUUGGGAGAGACUGUGAGUAUAUGAAACUCACUUUAAGAAAUGGAAAAGAUUUUAAAUCCCUGUUCGGCUCAGUGCAAAGUUUUUUCUUGUUUUCCAUUUUAUUUUAAAUGAUAUUUUUUACUGUUUUACAUUCCACAGCAAUAGGCUGACUUUUGUGUUGGUUUUCCUGAAAACCAAUACCCCAAAGCAAUUCCUUUAUCACUGUGAGUAAAAUCUUUGCUUUUUUGGAGAAAUUCUUGUGGCAUGUGAGUAGCUAACCCGUGCUUGUCACGUUCUCAGAGGGUCUCAGUGUCUGCCUGUUUCUGCAUUGCUAUGAGAAGAAAAAGCAUUACCUUCCUUUCCUUGGAGCACUGAACACCUUUUGGAAGAACAGGGGCAGACACGUCCACAUCAGCAGAAGGACCAGUGACCAGGUCCAGGGCUAGGACCAGUGUCCCCAGUGAUAUCUUAUUAUUGUCACUGGGGAUCUAGUCAAUGGAGUAUGCGUUUGCCUAAGCCUAAUGCAGAUUACACACGCAGAUAAGUGACUGCAGGCAUCGCUGCCUGUAAUGGGAAGACCGGUGCCUGUACCAUGGACUGUUAGUUACUUAGUUCAGUUAGGUGAGAUGAAGCCUGC